AUGAACCACAAUCUGGGUCAUGAUGAAAACAACGACGACGACGACGACGAAAUAGACGAAGUAGACGAUACUUGUAGACAAACCCAGAAUUUUCGAUUAAAGGAAUCUCAGUUGCGGAAACGACUGGAAGAAAAGCCCAAUAAGAAUGCCAAAUUGAUGAGUACCUUGGCCUUGCAUUUGGCCCAACGAUCUCGAGAACUCGCGUCUGAAUUCGAGAAAGUGGGCAAUACGCCUGCCGCUAGUGCUGAUGCGAGACUAAUAAAUGAAAGCAAACGAUUGCAAACGGAAGCCAUCAUGCUUGCAGAACGAGCCAUUCAAACGGCACCCCAAAAGCCAUUUGGUUAUGCGGCUCUGUCCAAUAUUUAUCCGUCGUCAGUCGAUUAUUCCGCCGAACGAAUGACCAUGCUGGAGAAAGCCAUUUCUUGUUCCGAGCAGGAGGAGGACGACAAGUACAUCAUUGCAUUGAUCGGACUGCUGGUCCGUCAAUUGUUGGAGCCUCGCGAAUUGGAAGCUCGUAAAGUCAAGGGCAAAAUGGGCAAGGCAUCCAAACAACAUCCCAGUCGACGGCCGUUGAGUGCUGCGGAAGAGACUAGUUACCAAAAACUAAAAACCUUACUGACCAAAGCAUGGGGAAUUUCAGCAACAGCAACAGCAACAGCAACAGCAACAGCAACAACAAUAACAUCGGAGGAACAAACACAGUUCUUGGUCCAGCAAGAAUACAAGUUGGGUCUUUUUUUUCGCAAAAAGGAUCCCGUUGCGAUCCAAGUACCUCGGGCGCGCCAUCACUUGACCAACUGCAUCACGAGACAAUGCUCGAACACAACGUCGUCCAAGUUAACAACAGCAUCACCAUCACCAUCACCACUACAAUCACAAUCCGCCAUGGCACGGUUCUGGUUGGGGACACUCGGACAACUAUCAGCAUCGACAAAUGACAGCAACCAUCACAACAAGCACAAUCAUCACCAUUUGGUCUCCCGCUGUCCACCAGAAUACAUUGUCGGACUCUACUCGACCUUUGCCGAUCGUUUUGAUGAAUUAUUAGUCGAAAAGUUGGACUAUCAAACGCCCACCAAAUUGCGACAACUCUUUGACCAGGCAGUGGUUGUUGCUAAUGUUGCUGUUCAAGGCAAUAAGGACAAGAAGAAACAGUUGCAACAACAGCAACAACAACAACAACAACAACAUCGCCAUUAUUGUUGUUUGGAUUUGGGAUGUGGUACGGGAAUUAGUGGUCUCGCCUUUCAAGACGUUGUUUGUAAAAUGGAUGGAGUUGACUUGUCACCCGAAAUGAUUGCCAAGGCGAGAGAACGGAACUGUUACGAUAGUUUGAAAGUUGCCGAUGUCGUGGAUGCGUUAUUGCAAGAAGUAGUAGCAAUAGCAGAAGGAGCAGAAGGAGCAGAAGGAGGAGGCAGCACAACAAUAAGCGACGACAGUAUUGGUUCCAAGUACGAUCUAAUCUUGGCAUGCGAUGUCUUUUGUUACAUUGGAGACUUGUCAACGGUAUUUGCAUCGGUCAAGAGACUCUUAUCGUCCGAUGGAUUCUUUUGCUUUUCGACCGAGCUCUUGCGCCAUCAUGGACCACAAACAGUAAUCAUAAGCGAGGAAAACUUUCGACUGCAUUCCUGUGCUCGUUUUUCCCACACGGAGCAGUACAUUCUGGAAUUGGCCAAGGAGCAUGAAUUUGAAAUUGUGGCCAAGGAACUAGCGGAUUGCCUUCGAACGAAUCAAGGAGCCAAUGUCGAAGGAAUGCUGACCAUUUUGAAACCACGACAAUGA